AUGGCCGGUCUCAAAGAAGGGGACCAAUUUCCUCCUGACGUUGUCUUCUCCUACGUUCCCUACACCCCGGAAAGCGCGAGCAUUACCAGCUGCGGAAUCCCGCAAAACUACGACGCGUCGAAAGAAUGGGCGGAUAAAAAGGUCGUUCUCUUCGCCGUGCCCGGUGCCUUUACUCCGAAUUGCAGCGCCAGGCAUCUGCCGGGCUACAUUGAGGCGCUACAAGCUAUCAAAGGGAAGCAGGUGGAUGUGGUCGCCGUGUUGGCGUACAACGACGCUUUCGUCAUGAGCGCGUGGAGCAAGGCGAACGGAAUCAAGGAUGAGAUUGUGAGUUGUGUAACCCCUUCUCUCUAUAUGUGCGGAUUGGGGUCAGGCAAGGACGGUCCAGAGUCCGUGUUCAAGGACCAAAGCGGCAAACAAAGCUACUCUACCUGA